AGUUUAAAGAGUUAAAACCAUCAAGUACUGUAUUACUAGAAAGGAUGGGAAGAGAAGAGAAGAACAGAGGAACUUCCUCUUCCGGAUGAUUCAUGGGAGGAAGGUGGUGUGUAGAGCAGCUUUCCUGCUCUUCCCAGGAUCGAAGCAGCAGCUGGUAGUUGAGUUGAGGGCAGCAGGUGGGAGGAGAAUCCGGGAGCAAGUCGGGCUGUUCGGUUCCCUCCACGGCCUGGAAGCAGAGAAGCAACUGGACUGAAGCGUGUCAGCUGCUGCUGCAGGUUCCUUUCCUCCCCAAAUUUAAGGCCAUUGGUGGCUGCAGUUUUCCUUCUGACAAAGAAUAUGGCAAUAAGAACACUCAGGACAACUGGAAAUAACAAGCAUCAUUGAAAAAGAAAAUGAAUCAAGCCAGAAAUCAAAAUAUUUUCCAUUUCCUUCAGAAAACCACACAAUUCUCUUCCUCCUCCUCCUCUGGAAGUUGUUAGACAAAAGACAAAAUUAAAAAAGAUUUCAAGCCAGAAUAAGCAGAUUAUGCACAAUUCAAGGAUACAUUACAUGAAAAGUCAAGGGAGGUUAUUUUUCAUUCAGCAUAUCUGGAAGUCAGUUGGAGGAAAAGGUCAAUAGUAAAAGCCAUGUGGAUCAGACAUUAAUAUAGGCCUCUCCCUGUGAGGAAGAAAAUGGCUUGAAUGAAAACACCACUAAACAAGGCAUUGUCACAAUUCCAGUCUGGUGAUACAACAGUGGAUUGACUCCAGGGAGAAACUGUAUGAGUGUCAUGAUAGUGGGAAAAGCUUCAUUAGAAAUUAUGAGACACCAGAGAACUCACACAGAAGAGAAACCCUUUCAAUGUUCCUGAUUAUGGGAAAGUCAAAAUUCCAGUCUUGUGAUAUACCAGAAGACUCUCAUAGGAGAGAAAUGUUUUGAAUAUCCUGAUUGUUGCAAAACUUUCAGGUGUAAUUCCAACUUAGUGAUAUAUCAAAGGAAUCAAAAGGAGAAAACCCUUUCAAUGUCCUGACUGGGAGAAGUUCCAGUCAUAAUUCCAGCUUUAUAAUACAUCAGAGGAUUUAUUGCAGGACAAACCCUAUGAGUGUCAAGAUUGUGGGAAAGGUUUCAUUACAAAUUCCCACAUCUUGAGACACAAAAGUAUACACAUAGGAGGGAAACCCUUUGAAUGUCUUAUCUGUGCGGAAAGUUUCAAUCAGAAUUCCAACAUGAUACAGCAGAGGACUCAUACAGGAGACAAACUCUUUGAAUGUCCUGACUGUGGGAAAACUUUUAGUGAGUAUUCCAGCCUAGUGAAACACCAGAGGAAUCACACAGGAGAGAAACCCUUUGAAUGUCCUAUUUGUGGGAAAAGUUUUAGUCGGAAUUCCCACCUGGUAAUACACCAAAGGACUCACACAGGAGAGAAGCCUUUUAAAUGUCUUAUCUGUGGGAAAGGUUUUAGUGAAAAUUCCAACCUGGUAAUACACCAGAGGACUCACACAGGAGAGAAACCCUUUGAAUGUCCUAAUUGUGGGAAAAGUUUCAGACAGAAUUCCAACUUGGUAAUACACCAGAGGACUCAUACAGGAGAGAAACCCUUUGAAUGUCCUAUUUGUGGGGAAAGUUUUAGUCGCAAUUCCACACUGGUAAUACACCAGAGGACACACACAGGAGAGAAACCCUUUGAAUGUCCUAUUUGUGGAAAAAGUUUUAAUCGUAAUUCCCACCUGGUAAUACACCAGUGGACUCACACAGGAGAGAAACCCUUUGAAUGUCCUGAUUGUGGGAAAUGUUUCAUUACAAAUUCCAGCUUCAUGAGACACCAGAGGACUCACACAGGAGAGAAACCCUACAAGUGUCCUUACUGUGAGAAAAGUUUCAGUGAGAAUUCCAGCCUGGUGAUACACCAGAGGACUCAUACAGGAGAGAAACCCUUUCAAUGUCCUAUCUGUGGGAAAAGUUUUAGUGAUAAUUCCAGCCUGGUGAAACACCAGAAGACUCACACAGGAGAGAAAUCCUUUGAAUGUCCUGAUUGUGGGAAAUGUUUCAUUACAAAUUCCAGCCUCAAGAGACACCAGAGGACUCACACAGGAGAGAAACCAUUUGAAUGUCCUGACUUUGGGAAAAGUUUUAGUCGCAAUUUCAGCCUCAUGAGGCACCAGAGGACACAUACAGGAGAGAAACCCUUUGAAUGCCCUAACUGUGAGAAAAGUUUUAGCGAUAAUUCCAGCCUGGUGAAACACUAGUUGACUCACACAGAAGAGAAACCCUUUGAAUGUCCUAUUUGUGGAAAGAGUUUCAGUCAGAAUUCCAACUUGGUGAACCACUAGAGGACUCACACAGGCAAGAAACUCUUUGAAUGUCUUCAUUGUGGGAAAAGUUUCAGUUACCUUUCUAAUCUUGUGAUAUACUGGAGAACUCACCGAGGAGAGAAACCCUGUGAAUGUCCUGACUGUAGGAAAAGUUUCAGUCAGAAUUCCUACCUUGUGAUAGAUCAGAGUAUUCGGCCAUGGAGAAAUCUUUGAACUGUCCAGAUUGCAAGCAGAAAUCAUCCCUUAUUGCACACAAAUAAAUAUUGCACACAAAUAUGAGGAAAUGUAAUUGAAUUUAAAGAGUGCUUGAAUUUCAUUUGUGAUCGCCCAUUGAAUGUGUAGACAAAGAAUAUGGCAAUAAGAGCACUCAGGACAACUGCAAAUAACAAGCAACAUUGAAAAGAAAAAUGAAUCAAGCCAGAAAUCAAAAUAAUUUCCAUUUCCUUCAGAAAACCACACAAUUCUCCUCCUCUUCCAGAAGUUGUUAGAAAAAAGACAGAAAAUUAAAAAAGAUUUCAAGCCAGAAUAAGCAGAUUAUACACAACUCAAGGAUACAUUACAUGAAAAGUCAAGGGAAAUUAUUUUUCAUUCAGCA